UGAAAACCAUAAAAAAUAAGAAUUUGUUAUGUCGUAUAAUAAACAAACCUAUUAAACUCAAAAAUGCAUUAUUUAAUAGAUUUUUGUAGGUUUUGCCUUACUUUUGAUGGAGAUUUUCAUAACAUGUCCCUUGGCGACAUAUUAGAGAAAGCAAACACCUGCAUCGGCGAUUUUGAGUUCUAUCGAAGUUUGCCGAAUUUAAUUUGCACAGGCUGCUUAGAAACCUUGGACAAGUUUUUCGACUUUCGAAAUCGUUGCCUACAAUCGGAAUUGGUAGUGCACCGCUAUGUGCAAGUACUGACUCAAAAUACGCUAACAAACGCCUUCGUUAACAAAAAGUUAGGCCCGCGCCUUACGCGAAGUUUUGAAGGUGGACGUAUUAGUGAAGAAAGUGUUGAAAAAGUUAGCUUCAGUGAGGAUUGUAACGAAUUAAAAAUCAAUUCCAUUCGUGGCUUUAGGGAUUUUGAACAUACGGAAGACUUUCAACAAAUUGGCUUAGAGAAGGUUGGCAAUUGUGAUGCGGCUUUACCAUUAGUUGAGUCUUGCAGUUUUGAGACACUUUCAGAAUCAGCCAAGGUAUCAGCUGAGCACUGGCGUGAUAAACUUUCAGAACCAGCUCUACCUUCGUUUGGACCCUGCAGUUUUGUUAAACUUUCAGAACCAGUCCCACCUUUGCUUAAACCCUGCAGUUUUGAUGAACCAGCUCCCUCUUUGAUUGAACCCUGCAGUUUUGAGAAACCUCCAGAACCAACUUACGCAUUUAAUCAUCAGAGUGGGGAUCAGACUUCGAUAAUAAAUGAAAGCAUUAAAGAAAAUAAUGAUGGUCUCUUACUGAGUAAUACUUCUAAAGAAAUUAUUUCAGAAGCAACUGAUAAUAACAUUGCUCCUAAUGAAGAAACUGUGUUACAGGAAGAAAUUAUUUCCUCUAAAGUUGAUGACUGUGUUCCAAACUUUGAUAACAACACUCCACAAAUUAAGAUUGAACAAGAUUCAUCAGAUGAUAAAAUAAUUUUGAGUGGCAACUGCCAAAAAUACAACAGUAUAGUGGAAAAGGAUCAGGCAAAUCUUCCAACGUCUAAUAAUCGAGGAAUUGUUUUCCAAAUUAGUAAUACUAGCAUUCUAGCUAAGCGAUUAUUGGACGGAAAAAAACUCAAAACACAUUUGUCGCCAAAAGGAAAGGCACUCUCUGCUUCUAACCCUGUAAAACGUAUCAAAGUUGAUCUUCAAGAAAAUGAUACACAUAAGUUCCAACUUAAAACAUAUUCAUCCCCAAAAAGAAAACUACUUUCUGUUUCUAACCCUGUAAAACGAAUCAGAGUUGAUCUUUCUGAAGCGAGUAAAACAGAUAAGUCUCAGAGUAAUAUCAUAGUUGAUGUUCCUCAAGAAAAUGAUAAGAAUAAGGCAGAUAAAUCUCCUGAUCUCAAUAAGAAAUCUGAAACAUUCCAAGAUAAUUUUAUUGAAAGUACAAAACGACCUCCUCGACAUUCUCCAAUGUGCGCGAUGACGAAUCCACGUAAGUCUGAUUCUAAUAAAAUCUCUGAUUCAGCACAUUCCAUGUGCAUUACUAAAUGCGAGACUAAAUCACAAUGUAACGAUGAAGCCUCUUCGGCGACUGAUUUUGAAAAUGCUAUUUCUCUGCACCAUAUUUUGAGUACAGCGUUAACUGCCCCAUUGAUAGAAACAGAAACAAAUUACAAACCCCCUGUGUGUCUGAAUACAACAGAACAGAAAUCAAAGCAAAUUGUUAAAGAUAACCCAGCUGUGUUGCCAAUUGUAAAAACAAAAGACAGCUCAACACUGACUGUUAAAGAUAGUUCAGCAGUCUUGCCAAUUCUACCACCGAAAGUAAUUGUUAAAGGCACUCCAGUAAUGAAACGCAAGCUAAUUAAAACUAUUCCUAUUAAGACAACGGAUUGUAAGGCAACUUUGAUUACUAACAAAGGGCAUAAAAUUCUGCUUAGCAUGGGUCACAAUUGCGGUACACAGCAAGGACCCAAACAAACGGCAAUAAAUUUAAGUCCCGCACAAAAUGGAAGUAAAAAUUCGAGUCCCGUGUUCCUAAAUGGGAUACCAGUGUCUACUUCUCGUGUCAUAAUGGUAAAGACCCAUGAAUGGAAUUUGAUGAAGUCAAACAGCCAGCAAAACUCUUCGAUCCAAGUUCCAGCUCUUCGGCUGCUAAAUUCCAUCACUAAUGAGUCCAUUCCUACCGUUCAGGAUCACAUCAGAGUAACAGCAGAUACUCAUAACACAGUUUAUAAAUUAAAUCAAUCCAGCCUCUUACGCAACAAACCCAUCACUCUGAUGCCACAGAAAGUUUCCGCAACUCAAGAUACGCAUACUAAUAUCACAACUUCUAUAGGUCCCUCAAGUACUGGGUAUGUGGGGAAAUCCAUCAAUCCACUACCAAGCAUAAUGCCUACAGAUACAACUGCCCUAGCUUAUACACUGAGUAACAAACCUAUCAUUUCUGUGCCAGUUCAAAUAUCAGUGGCUCAAAAUACUACUAACACAAGUGCUAGUCCCUUAAGAAUUGAUUGUAUGACGAAUCCCAUCAGUCCAGUUACACUGGCGGGCACAGUGGUUACAAGCACAGAUGUCUCAUCUUAUAAACAGUCAAAUAAUGAGCCCAUCAUUCCGGUAUCGAAUCAAAUAUCGGUGACUCAAGAUAUUUGCAAUACUAUUUCUAGUGUAAAGCUGCUAAAUCCCAUCAGUAGCAAGCCCAUCCCUGCAGUGUCAGUGACUACAGAUAGUGUUAGCAACACUUUUAGAAAGAAAGCCGAUGAUGAAGAUGCCGAAACACCAAGGACACUAGACGGACAGCACAUGAAUUUAGAUCUAUUGCCUGCAAAAUCACGUGAGCUGUACGAGAACAAUUAUUUACGCUUUAUGAACUGGCGAAAAAGUCAAAACGUUGAUACGUUCUCUGAGAAUAUUCUGAUUAAGUACCUCACAGAGUUGUCUGCUACGGUAAAACCGUCAACUCUAUGGAGCCAUUAUUCAAUGUUAAAGGCGACUUUGCAUAUCAAACAUGGCGUCAACAUAAAAAGUUACUCGAAGCUGACUCUUUUCUUGAAAAAUAAGUCUUGUGGUUAUCAGCCCAAGACAUCGAAAACGUUGACAAAGGAACAAAUUAGUAAAUUUCUUGAGGAAGCGCCAGAUCACAAGUAUUUAAUGACUAAGGUGUGUCUGAUGCUUGGUGUGGCCGGUGGUUUACGUCGUGAGCAACUAGUAAGAAUACAAUUUGAAGAUGUCACCGAGUUAAACACUGGUUUAUUAGUAAAGGUAUACGAUAGCGUUACGAAAAGACAUAAAACAUUUAAAGUUUCUGGAGAUAAAUGUCUACAAUUGUAUAGAAAAUAUACGUCACUCCGUCCUCCAAACAUGCCCACAGAUCGAUUUUUCAUAAAAUACCGAAAUGGUAAAUGCCACAGGCAAGUCGUCGGUAUACAUAAGAUAGCAGCAAUCGCUCAAGAAGUGGCGAGAUAUUUGCGCUUGCCAGAUUUGAAGGACUACACUGGUCAUUGCUUGAAAAAGACAUCUACAGAAAUGUUAGUAAAUGCAGGAAUGGAUCGUAGAGGGCUACGAAGGCGUGGAAAAACGCAAAUUUCAAUUUCUACAGCUUCAACAGACACCGAAAACACCAAGGGCAGCACCGAAAGUUCUAGUGAGAAUAGUACCUCGAAGAGAGAACCUCAUUUCACCUUGGAUCUUUUGCCUGAAAAAUCCCGCGAAGUGUACGAACACAGCUACGCGCGUUUUAUGAAUUGGCGAGAGACACAAAACGUCAAUUCAUUUUCAGAGGAUGUUAUUAUCGAUUACUUCUCCGAUUUAUCUGCUUCAGUAAAACCGUCGACUCUCUGGAGCCAUUAUUCAAUGGUACGCGCGACUGUAAAUAUUAAACACGGCAUCGAUAUAAAAGAAUAUACAAACCUAUUCCCAUUCCUCAAAAGUAAGUCUCGCGGUUAUCAACCCACAAAAUCAAAAGCGUUCACAAGGGAGCAGGUAAAUAAGUUUCUUUCUGAAGCCCCAGAUGAAAAAUAUUUAAUGACUAAGGUAGCGUUAAUGUUUGGUGUAGCCGGAGCACUACGUCGCGAUGAAUUGCCGAAUAUAAAGUUCGCGGAUAUCACUGAAUUAGAUAAAACGUUGUCUAUAAAAAUACAAGAUGUUGUUACAAAAAAAGCUAAAUCGUUUACGAUUUCGGGGGACAAAUAUGUGCAAUUAUACAAAAAAUAUUCCUCACUUCGACCCACUAAUCUAAAGACGGAUAGAUUUUUUAUAAAGUAUAGGAACGGUACAUGCUACAGACAAGUUGUCGGCAUACAUAAGCUGGCAACUACUGCUUACGAAGUUGCUAACUAUUUACACUUGCCUCACUUAAACCUCUACACUGGCCAUAGUUUGAGAAAGACCUCCGCAGAAGUGUUGAAGGAAGGCGUUUAUCUCGCAGGGGUCGAGUUGGGAGAGGACGAAGAAGCAGGGCCAGAAUUUUCAUUCUCAACAGGUCUACACAUACCAGAGUCUGUGACAAAAGAGGAGGUGGAGUUAGAUGACUUGGACUGCAUCCUUGACGGAAAGUUGGACUUUUCAAAUGAAACCGUUCCUACCGACACUGAUAUUCAAAUCUUUAAAACAGAUGAUUGGUGAUAAUGUACUAAAAGACUUGUGAAGGUUUGAGGCUAAUUUGAUUGGUGAUCUUUGCUGUCUAUUUUGUAUGUAAACUACAUACAUCACGAAAGAAUAACAAAAGAUUGUGAAUUUA